AUGAAGCUAAGGCUUGUACGACGAUUAUGUUUCAUUAUGAUAUGCACCAUCGUGAUGCUUUAUAUUAUGAUGCAGUAUUAUGCUGAACCGAAAGAGAAAAAUCUGUUGACUCUACAGCAUUUGGUUAAAGACUUCCGUGAAAUGCCAAAAGACUCAAUAUCAAUGGAUUGGCUUACAAAUGUUCCAAUUCCAAAUAAACGACCUAUGAAUAAUAAACGUAACCCAUCAACAAAACGAGCGUCAACAGUGAAAUCCGCAGUGACUAGUGAUAGAAAUAAACAAACAAAAGUGGAAACUUUUAAAGCUCCUGCUUGUCAAAUAACUAACAAUCAUAGUUUAUAUGCUAGAAAUGUAACUUAUCAAAUGAAUGAAAUUUAUAAUCAGUUAGCUUUCGAUGAUCAACCCGGAGGUGCUUGGACUCAAGGAUUCCCAAUUACUUAUAAUAUGGAUCAGUGGAAAGAUAAACCAUUAGAAGUAUUCAUUGUACCAUUUUCACAUCAAGAUCCAGGAUGGCGUAAAACUCUUGAAAAUUACUUCUCCACUGAAACAAAACCAAAUCUUGAUGCCACUUUAAUUGCAUUAAGUGAACAUGUAGACGCUAAAUUUGUGUAUUCUGAAGUAUCAUUUUUAAAUUUAUGGCUAAACACUUUAUCAGAAGAAAAAAAGCAAAUAUUUAAAAGAUUACUAUCCAACGGACAAUGGGAAAUCGUUUCAGGUGGUUGGGUUAUGCCCGAUGAAGCAGUCACACAUUACUACUCAAUUAUUGAUCAAUUUAUCGAGGGUCAUCACUGGCUAUUAGAACAUUUUGACUAUCGACCUAAUACAACAUGGUCUAUUGAUCCAUUUGGACAAAGCUCAACAAUGGCUUACUUAUCGAAAAAGUUUGGUUUCUCAAAUAUGAUUAUUAAUCGUGUGCACUAUGAAGUAAAGAAGUAUCUAGCAAAAAGGAAAGCUUUAGAAUUUUUCUGGUAUCAAACAUGGGAUUCUAAAGGUUCUUUCGGUUUAUUAGCACAUAUGUUUCCAUUCUUUUCAUAUGAUGUGCCGCAUACAUGUGGUCCGGAGCCUGCAAUAUGCUGUCAGUUUGAUUUCCUACGAAUGGAAAAAUACGGUUGUCCAUGGCAUACACUACCAGUUCUCAUAGAUGAUACAAAUGUUGCUGCUCGCGCUGAAAUACUAACUGAUCAAUAUAGAAAGAAAGCUACACUAUUCAAUAAUAAUGGUUUAGUAUUAAUACCAUUAGGUGAUGACUUUCGUUAUCAAUCAACGCAUGAAUGGAAUCUUCAAUUGGAUAAUUAUAAUAAAUUAAUUCAACAUAUUAACUCCAAUUCAAGAUAUAGAAUGAAAAUUCGUUAUGCAACAUUAUCUGAUUACUUUAAAGUAUUAACCGAUCGAAUGAAUGAAGCACACUCCACUAUGGCUACAUCAUUUCCAUCAUUGUCAGAUUAUUGGAGUGGAUAUUACAAUUCUCGUCCAUAUCAAAAGUCUUUAUCACGUAUAUUAGAAGCUGAAUCAAGAACUGCUGAAAUUCUCUAUAGUUAUGCUAGACAAAGCGUUGGUCGUAUACAGAAUGUUGCUCAACUAAUACCAUUGAUAUCGAAUCUUUAUCAAAAUUUGACAACAGUUCGACGUAAUCUUGGCCUAUUUCAACAUCAUGAUGCAAUAACCGGUACAUCGAAACCUGAAGUAAUGAUCGAUUUCUCAAAUAAACUAUUGAAAGCGGUUGAAGCAGCCAGGAAGGUGAUCACUCUAUCCAGUGUUUAUCUAUUAUCAUUCAAAUUGAAUGGUGGAGAUAUUUCUAACCGAUUACCGGUAUCGAAUGAAUUCAAACAAAGAUUAAUUCAAUUAAGUGAAGAAUACGAUAGAAAUCAAAAUCAUGAUGUUACAACUUCGCAAAGUUUUUAUUCUCUUGAAGAUCAUUUACAUAAUCAUGAAUUUCCUCAACCCGUUCUAAUCGAUUUUUCAGAGAAUAAUGGUGUACCACAAAAAUCACGUCGGAUAUAUAUUUUUAAUCCAUCAACACGUAAUCGUAGUACAAUAAUCAAUUUACGAGUUAAAGGUCAUUUUGAAAAUUUUCAAGCGAAACAAAUUUUUUCGGAUCCAUUGAAACCAUUUAAUCAGUUAAUUAUUCAAUUAGAGCAUACUGUUACGAAGUUUCCCAAUGAUAAUCAAAAACAACAACCUAUCAGUUUAUUAUACUUGAGUUCAGUUAAAUUAUACCCAUUAUCAUUUGGAUGUAUUGAAUUGAUACUGUCAUCAAGAUCUUCUUUGUCAUUGCCUCUUAUACCAGUAAAAUCGCAAUUGGCUCCAAAUAGUGUUACUGAAGAAUUGGUAAAAAGUUCUCGACCACUAACUAUAGAGAAUAGUUAUAUUCAAUUGGAAUUCCAUCCUAAAACUGGUUAUCUUCAAAAAAUGUUCAAUAAACUAACUCAACAAUCUAUAGAUAUGAAAAUUGACUUUAUUACGUAUAAAGCACCGAAACAUAACUCAAAUAGUGGGGCUUAUUUAUUUAUCUCUGAUGGAUUAGGUGAAACCUUACCACAAACAAAAUCCUAUAGCUAUACUAAAGGCGAUCUAGUGGAUACAGUAACAGCGUAUACAGAAUAUGUAACACAUACAGUCCGUUUGUAUAAAUCAUCUGAUUUACAAUCACAAUUUGUGGAAAUUGAGAAUAUUGUCAACAUAAAAGUGAAUCAUCCAACUGAUAUCGACUUAUUUAUGUCGGUACAAACUGAUCUGAUGAAUCAAGAUAGAAUAUUUUAUACAGACUCCAACUGUUUCCAAUUUAUUCAAAGACAGUAUUAUGAUAAAAUCCCUUUACAAGGAAAUAUUUAUCCUAUAGCAUGUGGUGCCUAUAUAGAACAACAAAAUAGUGAUAAUCCCAAAGAAGUUAAACGAUUAAAUAUAUUUACAACUCAUUCAACUGGUGUUGUAAGUCCAAGAGUUGGACAACUUAAUAUUUGGCUUGAUCGUCGAGCAAGUAAAGAUGAUUCACGUGGAAUUGCAUCAAAUUUACAAGGUGAAUGGAUUGUUCAAUCACGAUUGCAUUUAUUUGCUGAAACAGUAUUGUUGGAUAAAAAUAUACAAAAGGUUAAUCCAAGUUUGACUAUAUUCGCUCAACAAAUAUUGAAUGAUCUUACGCAAUCAGUGCAUAAAUUCCUUGUUCAUAAUUCCAAAUUAAAUAAUUUACUAGUGCCAGAAUAUAAUUUAAUACCUACAUCUGGUCUUCCAUGUGAUUAUGAAUUGGUUACAAUGAAAACAUUUCAUAAUCCAAAAAUACCAUCAGCUUUCCAUGCUGCACCGAAUACACAAAUUGGUGUUAUUAUUCGACGUUAUUCAUCAGUUUGCUAUGCAAAUUAUUUACCAAAAAUUGACUUAUAUUCACAAUGUUUCAAUCCAGUUGUACAGAAUAAACUUGAUAUAAAAAAUCUAUUUGGUUCUAUUCAACUAUCUUAUGGAUUGCAUACUAAUCUAACUAUGAUUCCAUUACCUGUACGAUCUGAUAGUGGUAAUGAUGAUAGCAAUAAACAUUUGGUUAAAAAACUCAGUCAUAUUCAUGUGAAUCCAAUGGAACUUGAAGCAUUCUAUCUAGUUUAA